GUUCAAAAGUAACAAGAACUCAUCUGGAACUCAAGUUACUAUUUAGAGGCAGGGCCAGCGUACCAAAAUACAAAGAUAAAUACAUAAACUGACUUGAAAGAUUUAACGCUAAUGUUUCGCUCAUACACACUGCUCACUCGUUGUCCAGCAUCUCGAAAUGCGAUGGCAAAAACACACAAUAAUUGAUUCAACAAAGUGACAAUUUUGGUUACGCUAUUCACAACAGUUACUCGUAUUCUUUAAUGUUUUCCGCUAUGCGAAACGGAGUAAACCUGCUGUUCUUUAAACGCAGUCUGGUACAACUCGACGUUAACGUGGAGACACGGGGGAAGGAGUCGAAGGCGGAGUCUUCACUGGGAGAAGUUGCACGUUAUUUUCCUCCUAAAAGCUUUAAAAGUUAAAGUGGGAAAUAAAAGUAACCCGCUAAUCCGUUUCACAGUAAUAAAGAUUCCGUUCGCAUGCGCUCUGUCCUCGAGCCGUAAAGCUUUCAGCAAAACGCUUGGUUGGCAAAUUCAGUUCAGACGGAUGUUUUCAUCACGAGUUGUAGUCUGCGGUCGACUCCUGAGAUCCCGACGUUAAACUCAAACGCGUAAGCGCUGCACUCAUUCCUGUAAAAUCUGAUUGUCUCAUGCAGUGUUUCGCCUCCGCUGUUCUUCUUCAGAAGAGAAAAACAUUUGGUGAACUGAGGUAGUACGCACGAAUCUCCCCCGUUCUGUCAAGUCUGCCAGCAUGGCUCGGUACCUUAAGUAUUUCACCACUGUGGGCGAUGAGCAGCCGAACCAGUUGGAGGAUGAAGAGCUGCUCGUGGCCAGUGAGGACCUGAGUCCUGCUACAGCGCAAGUUCCACCUGCACUGACCUUCAGGGAUUCACUGAAGAGGCUGUACAGCUCAGAACAUUUUCAGAUAGCAGUGGUGUGUUUGGUAAUCCUGGAUGCCAUUUUUGUCCUUGCGGAGCUGCUCAUAGACCUGGCUGUCAUCGAUUUAGAACAUGGCCAUAUUGCUCCUGAGGUAUUUCACUAUCUGAGCCUGGCUCUUCUCACCUUCUUCAUGGUGGAGCUGGCUGGGAAGAUGUUUGCCUACCGCCUUGAGUUCUUCCAGCAUAAGUUUGAGGUAUUUGAUGGUUUGGUGGUGGUGGUGUCCUUUGUGUUGGAUGUUGUUUUCAUCUUCCACGAGGACGCCUUUGAUGGGAUGGGUCUCCUCAUCCUGCUCCGACUCUGGAGGGUGGCUAGGAUUAUCAAUGGGAUUUUAGUGUCAGUGAAAAGCCGUGCAAGCCAGAAGAUCCACAAGCUGAAGGAGAGUUACGACCACCUUGUCGCAAGAGCCACAGAGCUACAGGAGCGUGGGGAUAAACUGGCCCAAGAGAACCAGAAGUUGCACGCUCUCCUGAAGAAGCACGGCAUAGAGUUCUGACUCAUCAAGCCAACUGUUGUGGUGCUACUGUUCACCAACAUUUCUAUCAACAGUCACACUGUAUACUUAUUUUACACCUAACUUCAGUACCCUCUGCUUGUUUUGAGAACAUUCAACUUCUUAGAUAUUCGCAUUUAUAUAUGAAAUGUCAAAUAUAUACUGUAGAUAACUGGACUCCAGAAUGCUCAUUAAUAUCUUUUGCAGACUGAUGACUUGUACAUAAAAUUACAUUUAUAUCUGCUAAAUGAGACUGUAUGUCAUAUAAAACAGAUUUCAAUAAAUAUUCCAGAGUGAAUGAAUAUAUGUAA